AUGACUUCCAAAAGAGCUCUGGUUAUUCUGGCUAAAAGAGCAGAGGAGAUGGUGAUGGUCACCCUUGUAGAUGCCAAAAGAGAGGGACCAUAUGAUGUGAUGGUUUUGCCAGGAGGUAAUCUUGGUGCACAGGAUUUACCCAAGUUUGGUGCUGAGAGAGAGAGAUUGAAAGAACAAGUAAAUAGGAAGGGUUUCAUAGCCACCAUCUCUGCAGGUCCUAUGGCUCUAUUGGCUCAUGAAACAGGUUUUGGAAGCAAAGUUACAACACACCCACUUGCUAAAGACAAAAUGAUGAAUGGAAAUCACUACAGCUACUCAGAGAACCAUGUGGAGAAGGAUGGCCUUAUUCUUACCAGCCAGGAUCCUGAAACCAGCUUUGAAUUUGCUCUUGCUAUUGUUGAGGCACUGAAGUGGCAAGAAGGUGGCUGAUCAAGUGAAGGUGCCAUUUGUUCUUAAAGA